AUGAUGCUACUUCCGUUCAAAAAAUAAUCAACAAAACCAACGGACGUUUGUGCUUUCGAUCUUUUUUAUUUUUUUGUGAAAAACGGUGAAAAUGUGUAUCGAAGUGUGAACAGUUUAUUAGGUUUUGAUAAAAAGCUAUUUGAAACAUUUUGAGGCAUAGUAUAAGAUAGAUACGUGUUUUUUCAUUGAAAAUGAAGGAUCCUUUCGCGAAAGAUUGUAUCGAUUCUCCUACAAGGGAGAGUUUGAAGAAUGUUGAAGGCUGUUAUAAUAAAAAUUUGUUUAAGAACACAUCGUUCGCUAACUCACGUCGUGCCUUGCAGUCCGGCGCGGACAAAAUCUCUAGAACGUUUCGGAGCGUCAGAAAUACAUUCGGCAAUUUGUCGCAGCAUUUCAGACUUGGUGGUAGGCGUCGACACCGUUUAACAGAGACUGGGUCUCCGUGCAGGACUCCCACUACGCCAGUCAUGAAGAAGAAACAGAUAUUAGGCAGGACUCCCACCAAGUUAUACAGCCCGUUCGGGAUCGAGACUCCGCACAGCCGCGACUUCAGAAUGUCGCCGUAUAUGCCUGACACACCGGAUCAUGGAUUGUCGCCCAAACGUCGCAAAGGCGUCGCGCAUUCAUGGCACAUGUUAGCCAAGAAAAGACCGCGGGCCCUUUUCCAUUGAUAAUUUUUUUUUUAAAUAAUAGCAAUACGCACAAUCUGUAUCCCACCGCUUAAUGUAAGACUGGCUUCGUGAGUAUGUCAGCUUUAUUUAUACCAAAGUGAACAGGCCUGAACAUAAACGGUCAAGUAAUUUAUUUAGUAUUUAUUUUGACACAGUUUUGAGAUGGUAUAGGUAUUGUCAACCAAGUCAUGUCCAAUGGUACGUGUAUUUCCUAAGCAAUAAUUAGAAAAUUUUAAAUGGCAAAUGUACCUAACAGCCGUUUUCAAUAAUCUAUCCCGAUCUCAAUCUGCAAUCCGAUUCCGAGAAUAAACCAUUAAAAAUAGCUCAUUUGUAAGCACGUCAAAAACAACUUUGUCCUGAUUGGUCCAUUUUUGAGAUAGAUCGAGAAAAGCGAUUCGGAUCGUAUAUUGUUACACGGCUGUUAAUGCCACCUGUGGAACCAAGUCAUAUUGAAAAUAUUUUUUCUGCAACUAAACUUAAAUGAAAUAGUUUGAUUUGUUCAUUCUCAGAAUGAGAUUGAAAAUUAGGUUUGGGAUUGUUUAUUGGAAACGAUUAAAGCAUGGAUGUUUAAAAAUGAUGGAAAUGUCUUAAAGCGAGUAAGCGAAUGCAUUGCACUGAAGUAUUUUUUAUAUAAAAAAUAUUAAUGUAAGCAAUGUUCGCGUCGGCGGGUGUGCCGCGCUGGUCGCGGUUUCAUUCCGUCUUGAAUGUCAAAGGAAAAGAUUUAGAUUGCAAAAUUGAAUGUUGCCAGACGAUGAAAAAAAUGAUAUAAAAUCGUGUCCUGAUGCCACAAAUAUAAUAUCAAGCCCCUAAUUACAUAUCUGUCAAAGGGAAUAUUUCUUCUCAGGCUGGUUAAAGUCACCAAAAUAAAGCAAGGUAAUAUAGAAAAAAAAUAAUGAUGGGGAAUUUGUUUCCUUAUUAGAGUUAUCCGGAUCAUGAUCCUUGAGGCUGUUAGUUAUUACGACCUUCGCCUUUUUUUAUUAAAAUCGUAUUGUUAAUCGUUUCAGCCAAAACUGUGUCUAUAACAAUAAUUGCCAAUUGUUAUUGAUAUAAAUAAUGCUGAUUGCCUGUAUUGUGUUGUGUGAAAGGUCUUUGUAUUCAAUACAUCCCUUUUCUUGUAUUAUAUCAGACAAUAAAUAUUGCGGGAAUUUGAUCAAAAUUCGUGUUUUACACUUGUAAAAUGACAUUACCCUACGGAUGGUAAGGAUAAAGGCGCUUUCACACACGCAGUUGAAUGUUAGAUAUUCGAAUGGUGCUAUCUUGUAUCUUAUUAUUUGCUGCGAGGUAACGACAUUUUAAUGAUAAUCUAGACUUAAACAAUUGUACCGUCGUUCCUAUUUCACUAGGUUUUAUUAAUUGUAAUCGGUUGAAUGUAUGUGAAUUAUUCUGGUUUAUAUGUACUGUUUUUCGCGAGCGUCAUAACGACAAAUUCAUAUUGAAAUAUGGCUAGACGUGUAAUGACGUCCUAACCGCGUUUCCACAGUAGACAUAUCUGAAGUGCGUAGAAGUUUGUUUUUCUACGUCAGUACGUCGGUAAGUAACUACACGCUCGGUACGAUCAAUUUUACACGCGCGUACGUCAUGUUUCUAAUGAGUGCGCAUGAGUUUCACCAACAAACAGCGUGAAUACAUUUAACGAGUCUACUAAUCCAUGGACAAUGCCUGUCCACAGAUAUGCAUGCUCGAUUCGAAUGUGCGAAAGGUUCUAUUUCAACGAUAAGAAAAUUACACAUGUCUGGGCAUAUUUCAUAAGACGUCUAUAUACGUAUAUUACAAAUGGGAAACGCACGGUUCUACUACGUCUGAGUUCGUAUUAAUGCGAAUAAUAUUAUACUUUAUCAUAAACCACGCUAGAACAUACACCAAUAUUAAACUGAAGUCUACACGUUUUCUACAAAAUCUUUUAAUGAAUCAAAUUGCAUAUCCAGUAUUAUAAAUGCCAAAUUGUAUUGCUUCUAAUUCACGUCUUUUUAUAUGUAUUAGAUAAUUUUAUUAACAUAAGUAGGUUUUAUACUAUACUAUGUAAAGAUGAACAGUAUGUUGAUUGCAUUAAGGGUCAUUGAAAGCUGCCUAUUGAUUAGGCACAGAAACGGUUAAAUUGAUUUGAAAGUCAUCUUUGACAAUUGUGCCAUGGUAAAUGUUUAUCCUGGUAUGCAGUGGCUUGGCUGUGCUCCUAGCAUUGCCAACGUCCAUGGACGACGGUGACCACUUACCAUCAGGCUGGUCGUAUGCCUUCAGAGGCUAUAAAUAAAUUAUAUACAAAGUAUUUAUAUUAAAUACAAGAGAAAGAGUGGGAAGCAUGUUCUAUGACCUUGUCUUCCCAUCCCAAACAAUAAUAAGUGAAGGAUUUCUGAAAAUGUUAUCUUGGUUAAAUUUCGAAUAAGUUUAGUGAACGCUAUAAUGCAUCAUGAAUUUUUGUUCGUUUGACACUACUCUGCGAGGGAAACGUGUAUAGGCGUCUCUAUUUUUAUUAGUAACUAAAUCCAAACUUCAUGUCGCCUUUCAUUAACAGCUCUUACAAUCUAGAGGUUUGGUAUAAACAACUUUAUAAAUAUAUCAUCAGUUAUACAUCGUCGAAAACUAAACGGCAUCGAUGAACUAAUCUCCUUUAAAAGGCUGCGUUGCUGAGGACAUGAUUUCAAAUGAUGGGUUUUAGUAAAAGGUUUCUUAGACGGAUUCGCGUACCCGAGAGGGUUGGUAAAUUGGAGGGAGCACGAGAUCCAAUUUUUGUAAGGGUACAUUCGGUAUAUAAACUAAAUAAAUUUAUCAAAUUAAAAUAAAGCAAUACGGAGUAACGGAAAAAAACAUAUAAGUUUGAGUUGGACUGUUCAAGUUUCUCAAAAUAUCAGAAACGUCAGGAAUGCCAAGUAAAUACGUCUGGUGUGGAGUCAGUUAUCUGUCACAGGACCUAUCGCUUGCAUCGGCAGGCUGUGACAUACAAUGAAACCGGUUAAUACGAUAUUGAAGGGACCACUUAGUCCGAUCGCUAUGUCCGAUAGUAACUGAGAACAAGCUCUUAAGUGUUCGUUUAAAGGGUAGAUUAGGUUUGGGUAUUCUCCUAUCUUAAUUAAUAAUAGAUACUUGCGUCAUUGUGACUUAUUACAUUACAAUAAGGAUUAAAAUAAUUUGGCUUAGUGAUAAAAUACGACCAGUGGGCGCUAUCUAUAUAUAUAAAAAUGAAUCCCUAUUUCUCUUGGUCACGCCAUCAGGCGUGAACGGCUGGACCGAUUUCACUAUUUUUUUUGUUGUUGUGUUUGUUAUUGUCAGGAAAAGGUUCUUAUGAAAGAAAAAAAUCAAAAAAUUGCGCGGAAAAUUAGAAAAUUUUACAAAAAUAUUAAUUUUAUAUAAGUGUCAAUUGUUUGAAAUAACUGUCAGCGAUUGACAGAAUGCGCGCUGCAAAUUCAUAGUUAAGACGGGACAACGUCUGUCGGGUUAACUAGUAACCGAUAAAUUUCGAUGAUAUUCGCUUUAACAGUCUCGUUAUAUAGAUGAAAUACGGGGAUAUGUUAAAAUAGGUGUUUAUAUAGUUUCGGAUGGCACCUCGCCAUUUCUUCGUUAUAACCGGUACGCCGUUGUAACCGAUGAUAUUCGAUUUCAACUGUAUAUCGAUAUAUGCUGUACUGUUCAUCUUUACACCAGUUACUUACGCUUUGCUCUGGACAAUACAAUAUAGACUACCUACGGUAUUUUUGUGUGAAUGUAUUUGUAUUUAUUUGAUUUGUAUUUUUUUAAUAUUAAGGAGACAAUAUUGUGACCCUUAGAGGCUGUAAGUCAAAUCAUUUUCUCGAGAAUUGCAAAUGGCUCUAUUUACAGCCAAAUUUAAUAAUCCCAAUCACUAUCAGGUCGAUUCAAAUAUAAAUCAAUCGGAAUAACUCAUGAAAUGUACUAAUAAUGUCAAUCAAAGUUUAUUCUGAUUGGUCGAUUUUCGUAUUCUGGGAUUGAUUGUCCGUACCUGUAAUGGCAAAAGUCUGUUUAAAUAAUAAGCAUGAUGUCUACAAUGAGUUUUAAAAGACAUGUCUUUGAAUAUAAAAAACAUGUAUGUACGGCGCUUUCAAAGGCGUGAGCAAUUAUGGCGGAGCAAGGCACAGAUAAGAUUUUACUUUUAAACUAUUAUCGACAUUGUUUUCAUUGAAAUAAUAUUCAAAAUAAAUUAAUACAUCAAUGUAAUGCAAUUUAUUUUUGUGUUAUUGGGUUUUGAAUAUUAUUACAAUGAAAUAGUGUCGAUAACAGUUUGAUAGUACAAAAUUCUCUGCGCUGCACUCCGUCAUAUAUGCGCCGACCCUUACAGAAUACUUAAACUUUUUAUAUUCUUUUUUUUUUUAUUUUCUGAUUAACGAAACGCUUAACAUAGAUAAGCUAUAGAGCCUAUAAGGGAUUUGUAAUUCAAAGAUCUAUGGACAUUUAUGUACAAUUAAUUUUAAAUUAUUACUUAUAAUUUAGUUUAUAUUUUGCCUUCAUUAUUUUCUAUAUUUGGAUGUUCGGAUUUUAAUGUCUGUAUUUCUUUUUAAUCUUAAAAUGUUCUUUUCACUAUUUUCCUCACGAACUUGCACGUUACAGUAUUAUAAAAUAUAUUUGGAUUCAUUUGUACGCAUUCCAAAACCAAUGGACCGAUACUUGAAAUUAAAAGUAAUUUUACGUAUUAUCGUUGGUUGCCUUGGUCGGCUACAACCAGUGUAACCACACGUUUUUAUGUGCACACGUAUAUGGUUGCAAUUUGAAUGACGCGAUUGUCAAAAAUGGCGGAAGCACCACUAAGAAUGAAUGUUUAGGAUGGCGUUCCAUCUAUGUAUGGACAGUCGGAGCCAUAGAUCAAGCUAAUUGCUUGAUUAAUUUUUAUUAUGAAUGCAAAAUUGAAGACAUAAUUUCAAUAAAAAACGACCAAAAAUGUAUUUUAUAAUUAUUUUUUUUUUUCUAUUAAAAUAAACAAUUGGUCUUGGAACACUGCGUAAUAUAAUUAUUUAAUUUACUUUGUGCUCAAAAAGUACUUACUUAUUGUAUUAUGUACCUGCAUUAUAAGGCUAUGUGCUAUUAUAAUAACUUUUUUCUA